ACAUACAUAAAACCACACACUACACACACAAUUUCCCUUCACUGUUAUUCCUCCAUCUCUAUCUUUCACUAUACCUUCUCUCUCUCUUUUUCCUCUCUUACCACCACUUCUACUACUACACCCUCACCACUUCAUCUUCAACCUUUCAACCUCUUCUUCAUCUCUACAUUUUCAUCUAACUCAAACCAUCUAUGAAAGAGAGUGGAGGCUCUCUUAACAAAGAGAGCCUACACAGCAAAAAAGAAGAACCAAACUAGUUUUUUUUCUUCUUAGUUUCACAAAUUUUCUUACUUUUUUCAACAAUGGCACUUUCUAUGCACAAAGAUAUGAAUAAUCAAAUGGAUGCUGGAAAAUAUGUGAGGUAUACACCUGAACAAGUUGAAGCUUUGGAAAGAGUUUAUUCAGAAUGUCCUAAGCCUAGUUCUUUGAGAAGACAACAACUUAUAAGGGAAUGUCCUAUUCUUUCUAACAUUGAACCUAAACAGAUCAAAGUUUGGUUUCAAAAUCGAAGGUGUCGUGAGAAGCAAAGAAAGGAAGCAUCUCGUUUGCAGACAGUGAACAGAAAGCUAUCUGCAAUGAAUAAGUUGUUAAUGGAAGAAAAUGACCGUUUGCAGAAGCAAGUUUCUCAUCUGGUGUAUGAGAAUGGAUACAUGAAGCAACAGAUUCACACUGCUUCUGCUGCAACUACCACAGAUAAUAGCUGUGAUUCUGUGGUAAUGAGUGGUCAAAAUCAACAGCAAAACCCAAAUCAGCGUCCUCAAAGGGAUGCAAGCAACCCAGCUGGUCUUCUCGCGGUUGCUGAGGAGACCCUGGCAGAGUUCCUUUCUAAGGCUACCGGAACUGCUGUCGACUGGGUCCAGAUGAUUGGGAUGAAGCCUGGUCCGGAUUCUAUUGGUAUCGUUGCUGUUUCUCGCAAUUGUAGUGGGAUAGCGGCACGUGCCUGCGGCCUUGUGAGUCUAGAGCCCACUAAGGUUGCCGAGAUUCUUAAAGAUCGUCUGUCAUGGUACCGUGACUGCCGAUGUGUUGAAGUGUUGAGUAUUGUCCCUACUGGUGGUGGUGGUACAAUAGAGCUUAUGUACAUGCAGACUUAUGCGCCUACAACAUUGGCCGCAGCACGAGACUUUUGGACACUGAGAUACACUACUAGUUUGGAAGAUGGAAGUCUUGUGAUAUGUGAGAGAUCAUUGAAUGCUUCAACUGGUGGUCCUCCAGGGCCUUCUUCGCCGAAUUUCGUGAGAGCUGAAAUGCUUCCAAGUGGAUUUCUAAUUCGACCAUGUGAGGGCGGUGGAUCCAUUAUUCAUAUUGUUGAUCAUGUUGAUUUAGAUGUUUGGAGUGUCCCUGAAGUACUAAGGCCCCUUUAUGAAUCGUCAAAAAUCUUGGCUCAAAAAUUGACUAUUGCAGCAUUGCAACACAUAAGACAGAUAGCACAAGAAUCAAGUGGUGAAAUUCAGUACGGUGGCGGGCGCCAACCUGCUGUUUUGAGAACUUUUAGUCAGAGGCUUUGCAGGGGGUUCAAUGAUGCUGUGAAUGGAUUUGUUGAUGAUGGUUGGUCAUUGCUGGGAAAUGAUGGAGUGGAAGAUGUGACAAUAGCUGUGAACUCUUCUCCGAAUAAGUUUUUAGGGUCGAAUUACUCAACAAUGUUCCCAACAUUUGGAGGUGGUGUCUUGUGUGCCAAGGCAUCAAUGCUGCUGCAGAAUGUUCCUCCUGCUUUACUUGUUCGAUUUUUGAGGGAGCAUCGAUCCGAGUGGGCUGAUUAUGGUGUAGAUGCAUACUCUGCUGCUAGUCUCAAGGCUAGCCCCUAUGCAGUUCCGUGUGCAAGACCUGGUGGCUUCCCCAGCAGCCAGGUCAUUUUACCUCUUGCUCCUACGAUCGAGCAUGAGGAGUUCCUGGAGGUAGUUCGUAUAGAAGGUCAUGCAUUUUCCCCGGAAGAUGUUGCGUUGGCACGUGAUAUGUAUCUUUUGCAGCUCUGCAGUGGAAUUGAUGAAAGUUCAGUUGGAGCGUGUGCUCAACUUGUGUUUGCACCUAUCGACGAAUCCUUUGCGGAUGACGCCCUUUUGUUGCCUUCUGGUUUUCGUGUUAUUCCCUUGGAUCCCAAACCAGACGGUUCAGCUUCAAGGACAUUGGAUUUGACAUCAACACUAGGAUCUAGUAAUGCUCGUGCAGCUGGUGAUGGCGAAGCAAGUGGAUACAACCUUAGGUCGGUUCUUACGAUCGCAUUUCAAUUUACCUUUGAGAAUCAUUUGCGCGACAACGUGGCUGCUAUGGCUCGUCAGUAUGUGCGUAGUGUUGUUGGAUCGGUUCAGAGGGUUGCCAUGGUAAUUGCUCCCGCACGACCAGGUUCUCAGCUAGGGCCAAAAUCACACCCCGGUUCUCCAGAAGCUCAUGCUUUAGCACGAUGGAUCAGUAGAAGCUACAGGAUACACACUGGUGCUGAUCUUUUCAGAGUUGAGCCCGCAGCUAGCGGCGAUGCAAUCUUGAAGCAACUUUGGCAACAUUCUGAUGCAAUUAUGUGCUGUUCCGUAAAAACAAAUUCAUCUCCGAUAUUCACCUUUUCAAACCAAGCUGGACUCGACAUGCUUGAAACUACUCUAGUUGCUCUUCAAGAUAUAAUGCUUGAUAAAGUUCUUGAUGAAGCUGGUAGAAAGAUCCUUUGCUCUGAAUUCUCUAAGAUAAUGCAACAGGGUUAUGCAUAUCUGCCAGCAGGAUUAUGUGUCUCAAGCAUGAAUAGGCCAGUGUCUUAUGAGCAAGCUAUUGCUUGGAAAGUUCUCAAUGAUGAUGAUGCCAAUCACUGCAUAGCUUUCAUGUUCAUCAACUGGUCCUUUGUCUGAUGGAGAAGUUAUGAUCAAGAUAAUUAACUAUAUUAAUAUUAAGUUAUAUAUUAAGUUAUUUUGAGUACCAAGUACAAGAUACUAUCUUAUGACAAUUGUACUAAUUUUCAGCUUUGUUUUAUUUGCUUUGUCAACUAUGCUAAUGUUCCUCUAUGACUUGACUAUAUAUAAAUAUGCUUUAAAUAUUUAUUUUGCA